AUGCCCCCCAUUGAGAAAGGAUGGCGUCGAAGAUUUACCAAAUACAAUCGUCAGUUCAUUGAAGAAAACAAUCAACAUGCUGCUCAGCGCCGACGUAAUGAUGACACUCAAGAUGAUGCUCUACCCAGAAGCAUGUAUCAUGCUCACACGUCUAUAGAUGUCACACAUAGGGACCAUCACUCAGUCAAGACCUCAUAUUUUCGUGCACCUCAAGCCAUGCCGGUGCCACAUGUUACUUUACCUGUGAUGCCAUCAGAAGGAAUAUCGGAGGCUUUCAAUUUCGACGUCAUGGAUGAAGCUUAUGUGGAUUACCUUGUGGAUACAAACACUGACAUGGAGCCUGUUAAAUCAAAGAGGAAACGUACAGCGGGGGAUGACCCUCAGAAGCUGUGGAUCCCCAAGCAAGAUAAAUUUCUUAGAGAGUUCAUCAGACUUGAAGGGUGUGGGGAUCCCAUGUCAUAUCAAGCAUGCCAAGGCUUACCUGGGUGCUUGAACGAACCUGUUGUGCGCUGUAGGGAUUGUGAAGGGUCUCAGUUGUACUGUCAAGCAUGCAUUGUCGUGCAGCACACCACGAUGCCUUUGCAUCACAUGGAGAUAUGGUCUGGUUCUUAUUUCCAGCGCAUUUUGCUUCGUGACCUUGGUCACCGUGUCCAACUUGGCCAUCCUCCAAGUGUUCAGUGUUGUAACCCUGCCUUAGUGUUCGAUGAUGAUUUUGUUGUUCUGGAGAUCAAUGGCAUCCAUAGACUUUCCCUCAACUUUUGUAACUGUGCAACCGCACAGACACACAAUAUCCAGUUGUUGCAUGCAUGCUGGUACCCAUCUACCACUACCAAUCCACAGACGGCUGCAGCAUUCCGACUUUUAGACCAUUUUCAGAUGUAUACCUUCGAGUCAAAAGGCUCGGCAUUUAAAUAUUAUCAGUCACUGGCGCGUCUGACAGACAAUACUGGCACAUGUCAGCCGAAGGACCGCUAUGAAUCUUUCUUACGAAUGAGUCCUGGGUGUGGUCAUGAUUCCAAUGGUGUCCUUGGUACAAAGGAAGGAGAGCUUGCAGUACUUUGUCCAGCAUGUCCUCACCCAGGGAAGAAUUUGCCUCCAGAUUGGGGUAACACGGCACCACAUAUAAAGUGGCUCUAUGGACUAUUUCUUGCUAUCGACGCAAAUUUUCGAUUAUGUCGCCGAAAUAAGUCAUCCAAGCAGGCAGAUCCAAGCUUCAAUAAGGGCUGGGCAUAUUUCAUGGAACAAUCACGAUUCAAAGAGGUACUUGAAGCUUCCGGCACUCAAGUACAAGAGAAAAGUUCCUGCGCAAGUCAUAAUGCAGUCAAUCUUGCAGAUACAAAGAAUGCACGCAGGAUGGCAGCCACCGGAGUUGGCGCUAUAGUUUGUGCGCGGCACAAUCUGACUCGUCCAUCAGCAGUUGGUGACCUACAGAAGGGAGAAAAAUACGUCAAUAUGGACUAUGUCUUCUUUUCGACCUUACAGCAUGCGAGCACUGUCCGUGUCCUUAAUAUCUCUUAUGAUAUUGCGUGCCAGUGGAGCAAGCACCUUUGGUCACAGAUGUCACGUUAUCCCUCGACUAUCCACUUGUGGCCUGACGACAAUGUUGUAACGUUUGUAGUCCUGAAGUUUCAUCUACCUGCACACAUACUCUCUUGUCAGACCAAGUACUCCCUCAACCUCAUAAAGGGUAUGGCAAGGACGGAUGGUGAAGCCGUAGAACGUGGCUGGUCUAAUAUCAAUCCUAUUGCUACUAGUACACAGGGAAUGGGCCCAGGGUCUAGGCGAGACAUCCUGGACGACCAUUUUGGCGAUUGGAACUGGUGCAAAGUAUGCAACCUCGGUCCAUUUCUUUUACGAAAACUCAAGGAGGCUAUUCCCGAACGCAACCAACAUAUUCUAGACCUACGGGACUUUGAAGAAGCAAUCCCUCCAACAAGCCUUGAUCAAUGGCGGUGA